AUGAAAAGUAAUUGUCUAAUUAAAUAUGAUUAGAUUAUCCAGAUAUAUUUAUGAAUUAAACAAAAGGAGUAUCAGAAGAAGAUAAAAUAAUUGAAUAAUUAAAUUAAAUUCAAGAUCAAAUAUUUACUUAAAUCUCUAAUGAUGUGAAUAAUAAACUAAUUAAGGAAUUAUAAAAAACUUCCAAUUAAGCAUCAACUACCUAAUAACCUGAAUUUUUAAAAGUGACUCCAAAUGUUGAUAGUGAUUACAUGCAUUCUCAUAUUAAUUUUGCUAAGUCCAUCUAAUCUAACUAACCUAUGGAUAGAUAAUAAUUUGAAUAAUUUGAGAAUAAAGAAAUAGUUAACUUUCCAAUUUAUCAAUAAAAUUAUUUAGAUGUCAAUGCUAAUACUAAAUUUUAUUACCCUAAGACUUAAUAUAAAGGUUUAAUUGAAACUCCUAAAUAAUAUGUAGAUUAAACUAAUAUUCAAAACUAUCUAAUAAAUCAAACUAAUAUUUAUGAUUUCAACUAGCCUGAUAUUAAAGUAUCUCAUUUAUUCAUCCAAGCAAAUAUUUCCUAGAAAAUUAGUCGAUAAUAUGAUACCUACACAUCCUGAACCAAAUUAUUUAACUAAUCAGGAGUAAUAAUUUAAUUUUUCUUCCUAAAUUAAUUAAAUGGGUGGAUUAAUGAACGCCAUAGGACGUAUUCAAAACCCAUGAUUAAUUUAGCUAUGAAUUAGACCUUAAAAUAAAAUGAAUAGAGAUUAUUUGCAAAUACACCUGAGCAUUCCUUGUUAAAAGGAGCUCAUUAAGAAAAAAUAAAUCAUUCUCCUCCACCUAUUAUCACUGUACCUGCUCCUCCACCACCAGAUCCUUUUCUGACUAAUCCUUAAUAUAGACUUUAUGGGGUUAAAUAAGAAGUACCUCAAUUUAAUGUUUAAAGUUAUAUUCCAGAAAAAACUUAGACAUUAUCUAGUAAUUUGCAAGGAAUUUAGCACAUAGACUAAGUUCCUUCUUAGUAAUAAGGAUAUCAAGAAAGUAGAGUUCAAUAAAAAGUGCAAGAAGAUUUAACACUUAACUUUUUAGAUAGAGCAAGGUAAGAGAGAAAAAGAAGAGAAGAAAAAUUGAUAUAAUGA